AGCGCCCCCUUUGCCAACUUUCCCUCACUAUCCAACCGUCAUCUUUAUUCAAUAGUCUCUUCGUCCACCCAACAUCUGUUACCGCGAUUGUGAUAUCACCAGUCAUUUUCGACACGUACCAUUUUAACACCAUCGCUUUACCCUCUCUACAAGCCUCCUCCUCUCGCGCAAACACUGACAAAUCGUCCGUCAUAUCCGCCUGCAUAUCAGUCCUCCCUUCCGUCAUCUUUGAUUCGGCCUAGAGCCUGCCUGCCAGUGUCUCUUUCAUGUCAUAAACCAUAAGCGCUGGCUGCCACCACCCUCCUUCGCCCACCCAGUCCAACUCAACACCCAGCUCUGUGCACGCCAUUCCCCCCUUUCCUUUUCCUGCUGACAUGGAAUCUCUCUGACGCAUAAGCAUCUCGUUGAGAGGGUCUUGCUCACUAUUUGGACAUUUCAUACCACCUUUGUUACCAUCCGAGUCUCCAGCCAAACUACCGCCUCCCUAGUCUACACCCUGCCUGCGGCGCUUACAACAUGGACCUCGAUGACACUGCCUCCCCGACACAAUUAGCCAAACCUCUGUCUCCCCGACCCUCGAGGUCUGUCCUAAUAGAUCCUCAUCAACUGCCUUCACACCCCUACCAUGGGAGACCCUCUCCCACCGAGCAAGAAUCCGACUUCCCAUUCUCCCGCUCCCAACCCAUCCCAAUAGACCCUGUACGAGCCUCCAAGUCUCGUCAUAGCCUAUCCCAACCACGUCCGAAGCGAUUGUCGACGACUGGCAAGAACAACAUGCCACUCAGUAUCCUGCCUUCAGCUCCUGCUUCCCCUCCUACCCCGGCGCCUUCUCCCACCCCGUAUCAACGAGCUCCUAGUUGGACAUGUGCGAGUGAAGAAGAGGAUUCGUUUCUCAGAGAUGCUCGCGCUCACUUCCUGAACCUGAAUGCCGCCCAGAGGGAGAGAUAUCUGGCCGAAUUGCUUAACAUGUGCGACAGCCAACUGUUGAGUUUCGUUCAUCAUUUCGUCUCUCCCCGACUGAAAAAGGACCCUUUCGAACAUCUGCCGGACGAAUUGUGCCUGAGAGUUCUCUCCUAUAUUGACGAUCCUCUCACACUCGCUCGCGCUUCUCAAGUGUCCCACCGGUGGCACAAGUUGGUUAAUGACGACAUGCUGUGGAAAAUGAUGUGUGACAAGCAUGCCUGGCGAAAGUCAUCUUCUGCUUCGAGUGAUGAUAGCGAGUCUUUCCAACUCCCGCAGCGCCCUUAUGCUCCAUAUGGAUAUAGCAACCCCUCUUCUAAACGCACUCUCGACGGCACAGUCAUAGGUCCAUCGUCUAGCGCCCCCAAUCUAUCCUUGUCAGGUCAUGAACAACGUUCUUCAAGUCCACAAGCAAGAAAGAGACAGUCACAAUCGCACUAUUCACACUUCCGACACAAGUACAUGAUCGAGGCAGCAUGGAGAAAGGGAGGAGAAAGAACCGUUAAGCACAUAACUCCCGAUCAAGGAGUGGUCACUAGUCUUCAUCUGACGGAGAAGUACAUUGUUGUGGCCAUGGACAAUGCAAAAAUCCACGUCUUCAACACAGUUGGAGAGCAUCAGAAGACAUUGAAGGGCCAUGUCAUGGGUGUAUGGGCUAUGGUUCCAUGGGACGAUAUUCUUGUCAGUGGUGGAUGUGACCGAGACGUCCGGGUGUGGGAUAUGUCCACUGGCAGGAGCAUUCACACCCUGAGGGGUCAUACGUCGACGGUAAGGUGUCUCAAAAUGUCAGAUGCCAACACGGCCAUUUCGGGCUCUCGAGACACCACCUUAAGAAUAUGGGAUAUCCCGUCAGGAGUGUGUAAGAGAGUGCUUAUUGGUCACCAGGCUAGCGUGCGCUGUCUGGCCAUCCAUGGCGAUCUUGUCGUAUCUGGCAGCUACGAUACCACUGCCCGGAUAUGGAGUAUAUCUGAAGGCCAUUGUCUUCGUACAUUAACUGGCCACUUCAGUCAGAUAUACGCCAUUGCUUUCGACGGUGUCAGAAUUGCUACAGGAAGUCUCGACACGAGUGUGCGGAUAUGGGACCCCAAAACUGGCAAUUGCACUGCGAUAUUACAAGGCCACACAUCACUAGUUGGUCAGCUUCAAAUGCGUGGCGAUACCUUGGUCACUGGAGGAUCCGACGGAUCCGUGCGAGUGUGGUCUUUGCAAACCAGCCUGCCUAUCCAUCGUUUGGCCGCACACGACAAUAGUGUUACGAGUUUGCAGUUUGACGAUAACAGAAUAGUCAGCGGCGGUAGUGACGGCCGAGUCAAGAUCUGGAGCGUCGAGACUGGUCAAUUGGUUCGGGAACUCAGUCAACCUGCGGAAGCAGUAUGGAGGGUUGCUUUUGAAGAAGAAAAGGCCGUCAUUAUGGCUAGUCGCUCAAACAGGACGGUCAUGGAGGUGUGGUCGUUUGCACCUCCCGAGGACCACUUCGACAGAAGAUCCGAAUCUCCCCUGAGUUUACCCGAACAAUCAAUGUCCCAUCAUGACGAAGAACUACAUGGUAUUGGUAAUCACCUUGAAGACAACGAUUCGGCCAUGAAAGAUGUCUGAUGCUCCAAAUGUUGGACCGAGACUUUUCACUAAAUCAGGUGUUGACGACCUAUGAAAGACCUAUGGUGAUGUCGAGUUCCAAAAUAGCAGCUAUCGUGCUUGAAUCUGGGUUUUGGGGUGACACUAGAACGAGCAAAAGCCGUACGCAUGAUGAAGGCAAAAGGCAAAAGGUAAAGGCUCCCACGAACAUUUCCUUUGAAUGGAAUGACAACACCCACACAUGCAUGUAUGAGAGGACACGCCAGGACGAUGGAAUGAGGCUUCGAAAGCUUGGCCUCUGGAACACUGAUGAAAAAGGCAUUCACGUCGAGAUUGACGAGAAGAAUGAAGUUUUGAGGCUUUUGAUGUUUAAACAGCGCAUGCAUUGCAUAAUUUAGCCGCUCCCUGCAUUUGGCGAGGCGUUAUUGACAGCACAACGGCCAAAGGCUAUCUAUUGCCACAGGAGCAGCAUACUACUACUUAGUAUCAUACCUUACAAUACCAUAUUGAAUUUAUUGCCUACAGAAAGAAA